AUGUGUUACAUGCAAAUAUCUCAAAAAUUCUACGAGGCAUUCAAGCAUUGUAGCCUCUCCCUCAAAUCUCCACACAUUGCUCGCAAACUUCACGCUCAACUCAUACUCUCCGGUUUACACACUUCCCUUUUCUUGCUCAACAAUCUACUCCACAUGUACUCCAACUGUGGCUUAACACACGACGCUUUUCAAGUCUUUCAAGAGACCAAUCACCGUAAUAUCUUUACUUGGAACACUAUGAUUCGCGCUUUUGUUAAUUCCGGUAGAAUUAAUGAAGCGGAUAAACUGUUUGACGAAAUGCCUGUGAGAGUUAAAGAUUCGGUUUCAUGGACCACUAUGAUUUCGGGUUAUGUUCAAAAUGGUUUUCAUGAACGUGGUGUUGAGACUUUUAGUUUAAUGCUUAGGGACUCGAAUGGUCUAGACCCCUUUUCGUUUACUAGUGUAAUGAAAGCUUGUGGUUUACUUGGAGACUCUCGGUUGGGUCUUGAGUUACAUGGCUUGGUUAUUAAGUUUGGUUUUGGAAUGGAGACUUGCAUUCAGAACUCGCUUGUUGGUAUGUAUGUUAAGUGUGGAGAUGUUAGUUUGGCGGAGACGGUUUUCUUUGAUAUUGAAAGACCGAGUUUGUUUUGUUGGAAUAGUAUGAUUUAUGGUUAUUCUCAAAUGUAUGGACCUUAUAAAGCUUUAGAGAUAUUCAACCAAAUGCCUGAGCGUGAUGAGGUUUCUUGGAAUACGCUGAUCUCGAUUUUCUCUCAACAUGGUUUUGGGGUUGAGUGUCUUGCUAUGUUUGUAGAGAUGUGUAAUCAGGGUUUUAGUCCGAAUUUUAUGAGUUAUGGAAGUGUACUUAGUGCUUGUGCCAGCAUUUCUGAUUUGAAAUGGGGUGCUCAUUUGCAUGCUCGGAUUCUUCGCAUGGAACAUAGCUUGGAUUUGGUUUUGGGUAAUGGUCUUAUAGAUAUGUACGCUAAAUGUGGACGCUUAGGAUUGGCUAGGCGUAUCUUUAGCAGUUUAAAGGAUCGCGAUCAUGUUUCUUGGAAUUCUUUGAUCACUGGUGUGGCACAAUUUGGCCUUGAUGAAGAUGCUUUGAUAUUAUUUAACCAAAUGAGACAGAGUUCUGUGGUGUUGGAUGAAUUUAUUCUUCCUACCGCUCUUGGAGUUUGUUCGGGUCAAAAUUAUGCCACUACUGGAGAACUACUCCACGGGUAUACAAUCAAAAGUGGGAUGGAUUCCUCUGCUCCUGUAGGGAAUGCAGUCAUUACAAUGUAUGCAAAAUGUGGAGAUACUGACAAAGCUAAUUUUGUGUUCAGAUUAAUGCCACUUAGAAAUACCAUAUCGUGGACCGCCAUGAUCACUGCAUUCUCUCGGAGUGGAGACAUUGACAAAGCCCGAGAAUGUUUUGAUACGAUGCCUGAGAGGAACAUCAUAACCUGGAACUCCAUGUUAAGCACAUAUGUUCAAAAUGGUUUCUCCGAAGAAGGUCUCAAGCUGUAUGUUUUGAUGAGGAGCAAUAGAGUCCAGCCGGAUUGGAUCACUUUCACAACUUCAAUCCGGGCCUGCGCUGACUUAGCUAUAGUUAAACUCGGGAUGCAAGUUGUUACUCAUGCUAUAAAGUUUGGACUCAGUUCAAACAUUUCAGUUGCAAACAGUAUCAUUACUAUGUAUUCAAGAUGUGGACAAAUCGAAGAAGCCAAGAAUGCUUUUGACUCAAUAUAUGCCAAAGACCUGAUUUCCUGGAAUGCUAUGCUUGCAGCAUUUGCUCAAAACGGUUUCGGUAGGAAAGUAAUUGAAACUUUCGAGGAUAUGUUGAAGUCGAAAUGUAAACCCAAUCACAUAAGCUAUGUUUCUGUUUUAUCGGGUUGCAGCCACAUGGGGCUAGUAGAUGAAGGGAAACAUUACUUUGAUUCCAUGACUCAAGUUUUCGGAAUUUCUCCGACAAAUGAGCACUUUGCUUGUAUGGUAGAUCUGCUCGGACGAGCAGGGUUACUAGAGCAGGCAAAGAAUUUGAUAGAAGGAAUGCCUUUUAAGCCAAACGCAACCGUUUGGAGCGCUCUACUAGGAGCAUGCCGAAUCCAUCAUGAUCUGAGACUAGCAGAAACUGCUGCAAAGAAUUUGAUGGAAUUAGAUGUUGAAGAUUCUGGAGGUUAUGUUCUUCUAGCAAAUAUAUAUGGUGAAUCCGGAGAGUUAGAAAAUGUUGCUGAUAUGAGAAAACUUAUAAAAGCAAAAGGAAUUCGAAAGAGUACGGGUUGUAGCUGGAUAGAGGUUGAUAACAGAGUAAAUGUUUUCACUGUAGAUGACACCAGUCAUCCACAGAUAAAGGAAGUUCAUAUAAAACUGGAGGAGAUAAUGAAGAAGAUAGAAGAUACCGGAAAAUAUAUUAGUGUAGACUCUUCUGUUCAUAGAAGUCGUAAAUAUCACAGUGAAAAGCUGGCUUUUGCUUUUGGGUUGCUUAAUCUUCCAUCUUGGAUGCCAAUACGUGUAAUGAAGAAUCUUCGUGUCUGCGAUGAUUGUCAUUUGGUAAUAAAGCUUCUGUCUUUAGUCACCUCAAGGGAACUUAUUAUGAGAGAUGGAUAUAGAUUUCAUCAUUUUAAAGAUGGGUUUUGUUCCUGUAAGGACUAUUGGUAA